CUUUGUUUUCCAUCCAAGGAAGGCCAUUUCCCUUGCGGCCCUGUCAAGGAAAGAGACUUCGAUGGACUUACACCGGGCAGCCUUCAAGAUGGAAAACUCCUCCUACCUUCCCAAUCCUCUGGCAUCUCCAGCCCUGAUGGUUCUCGCUUCCACUGCUGAAGCCAGCCGCGAUGCUUCCAUCCCUUGCCAGCAGCCAAGGCCCUUUGGCGUCCCUGUGUCAGUGGACAAGGAUGUACACAUCCCGUUCACCAAUGGCUCCUAUACUUUUGCCUCUAUGUAUCACCGACAAGGUGGGGUGCCAGGAGCAUUCACCAACCGCGAUUUCCCACCUUCCCUGCUGCAUCUCCAUCCCCAGUUUGCUCCCCCCAAUCUGGACUGCACCCCAAUCAGCAUGCUGAACCACAGCGGUGUUGGGGCCUUCCGUCCCUUUGCCUCCACUGAGGACAGGGAGAGUUACCAGUCGGCGUUUACACCUGCCAAGCGCCUGAAGAACUGCCAUGAUACUGACUCUCCCCACCUUCGCUUCUCAGAUGCUGAUGGCAAGGAGUAUGAGUUUGGAGCCCAGCUACCAUCUGGGUCUCCCGGCUCCCUCAAAGUUGAUGACACGGGGAAAAAGAUCUUUGCUGUCUCUGGCCUCAUUUCAGACCGGGAGACCUCAUCCAGCCCUGAGGACCGAAAUGAUAGAUAUAGAAGCGACAGCCAAGUCGGGCCGCCAGCCUCUGCAGGGGCCAGCCAGCGCAUGGCGUUAACUUUUCCCCUCUGCAAGAAGAAGGCAACCCUUUUUGACAGCCAGGCUCCAAUCUGCCCCAUUUGCCAGGUCUUGCUUCGCCCCGGUGAGCUGCAAGAGCACAUGGAACAGGAGCUGGAGAAGUUGACUCAGCUGAACAUCAGUAAGAACUCUAUCUUGAAGGAUGUCAUGGCCCCAGGCACUCCCAAGGCAAUUUUGUUGUCAGCCUCAAUCAAGCGGGAAGGAGAUUCUCCAACGGCAUCGCCUCACUCCUCAGAUGAUAUCCAUCACUCAGACAGAUACCAGACCUUCCUGCGAGUGAGGGCAAACAGACAGACCCGCCUGAAUGCUCGGAUUGGGAAAAUGAAACGGAGGAAGCAAGACGAAGGACAGAGGGAAGGUUCAUGCAUGAUGGAGGAUGACUCUGUUGAUAUUGAGAAUGAGAAUGGUAAUCGCUUUGAGGAGUACGAAUGGUGUGGGCAGAAAAGGAUACGAGCCACCACCCUCCUGGAAGGCGGAUUCAGAGAAUGUUCAGCAUUAACUCGAUUUUGGCGCUGGGGCCAGCUGCUCCGAGGCCAGGCGGAGCAGAGCUGUGUACACAGCGCUGGAGGGCUACUGUGCUCUCAAGGGUCUGGAUUUGUCAUGUGCAGCGGCAAGGAGAAUCCAGAUAGUGAUGCUGACCUUGAUGUGGAUGGCGACGACACGCUGGAGUACGGAAAACCACAAUAUACAGAGGCAGAUAUCAUUCCAUGUACUGGGGAAGAACCUGGUGAAGCCAAAGAGAGAGAGGCACUCCGAGGUGCAGUUUUAAAUGGUGGCACGCCUAGCACCCGAAUAACACCAGAAUUCUCUAAGUGGGCAAGUGAUGAAAUGCCAUCAACGAGUAAUGGGGAGAGCAGUAAGCAGGAGCCUAUGCAAAAGACCUGCAAGAAUAGCGACAUAGAGAAGAUUACAGAAGACUCGGCAGUGACAACGUUUGAGGCACUAAAGGCUCGAGUCCGCGAGUUAGAAAGGCAACUUUCCCGUGGGGACCGCUAUAAAUGUCUCAUUUGCAUGGACUCGUACACAAUGCCCCUGACGUCCAUCCAGUGCUGGCAUGUGCACUGUGAGGAAUGCUGGUUGCGGACUCUGGGUGCCAAGAAGCUCUGCCCUCAGUGCAACACCAUCACCUCUCCAGGGGACCUCAGGCGCAUCUACUUAUGAAGAACAUGGCUGCUCAGACCAUAGGGGACUGGGAGAAAGGAAUGGCAGCAGCAACAAAAGACACUUGAAAAUAAAACUAGGGACUCCAAAUGUGGACUCGAGGCUGAGGGAGCCGCACGAUGCCUCUGCUUCCAGACCUGUCACUGGCACCGCCAACUCCACGAGAAGGCCAAGCCAGAAUCCUUAUUGUGAAUUGCCCCCUUUUUUUACGAACUGAUGUUCCGCGCCUGUCCCAUUUCUCCAAGAGCUGGGCUUUCACCGUGGACAACUAGCAAGCCUUUCCAGGGGAGUGUCUAGGCAGCCAACCAAUCCCACAAGUCAACCUGAAAAGGUGUUGGAUCUUCCACAGCAGGAACUCUCAUAGCCUGUAACUUGUGUUCUCCACCCCUUUUAUUUGUGGUGUUCUACUGGUUUUUUUUUAAAAAAGAGGAAGUCAAAGAAAAAGCCUACACCCACACACCCGCAAAGGCAGAAUGAAGCACAUGUAAUAUAGACUAUAUGUUUACAAUGUUGUGUAUAAAUGGGAUAGACUCCAACAUUACAUACUAAUAA